GUGGCGACCCAUCGUCUUAGUCCUGCACUUUUUUCUUUUCCGCACUACUCUUGGUUUGGUAUUUGUUGAUUGUGCGCCUGCGGCAUGCACCUCACCGUCAAGGAGGAGCGGCUGGAGCUGGGUCUGAAGGAGUUGGGAGCUGACAUUCCAACUUUUGGGGGCAAAGAUGUUGACGAACAGCCGGCGGUGGACGCGGAGGUCCGGCAGGAGAGGGCCAACGCGGCCGCCGACCUGGUCUACGCUCUCAACGACCGGCCGCCCUGGUACCUCUGCAUUCUGCUGGGAUUCCAGCACUACGUCCUUGCGUUCGGCGGCAUCAUCGCCAUCCCGCUCAUCCUGGCCGAGCCGCUCUGCAUCGGCGACAACAACGUGGCUAAAAGCCAGCUCAUCUGCACCAUCUUCUUUGUGUCCGGACUCAGCACACUGCUUCAGACGGGGAUUGGGAUCAGACUGCCAAUUCUCCAGGGCGGGACCUUCAGUUUCAUCACUCCGACCUUGGCCAUUCUUGCGCUGCCCAAGUGGCAGUGUCCCACCUCGCAAGAGCCCACCAUGUUGUCUGCGCACAACGGCAGCAGUCCAUUGCAGCUAGUGGACAACGGCGACGAAGUGUGGAUGUCGAGAAUGCGCGAGAUCCAAGGAGCUAUCUUGGUGUCGUCGCUUGUCCAGAUCACGCUGGGCUUCACUGGCCUGGUGGGCUUUGUGCUCCGAUAUAUUGGACCGCUGGCUAUCGCGCCCACCAUCAACCUCAUCGGUCUGUCACUGUUUACUGAGGCCGGCAAGAAGUCAGGCGGCCACUGGGGGAUCGCUGCUCUCACGGUGUGCCUCAUCCUGCUGUUCUCGCAGUACCUGAGCAAAGUGGACGUCCCGCUUAUUGCCUACAAGGACAAGAAAUGGAAAGUGUUCCACUACCCUCUCUUCAAGCUCUUCUCGGCCUUGUUCGGAAUGUGCGGCGGCUGGCUGGUUUGUUUUCUGCUGACCGUCUUCGAUGUGCUGCCAUCCAAGUCGGAUAAGUACGGUUACGCAGCGAGGACCGACAUUAAUCUGGAUGCUGUCGCCAACUCGCCCUGGUUCCACAUUCCCUACCCAGGUCAAUGGGGCUUGCCCACUGUCAGCGUGUCAUCAGUGCUCGGCAUGAUGGCGGGCGUUUUGGCAUCCACCAUGGAGUCCAUUGGUGACUACUACGCUUGCGCCCGGCUGUCGGGCGCGCCGCCGCCACCGACCCACGCCAUCAACCGCGGCAUCGCCGUUGAAGGCAUCGGUUGCAUCCUGGCUGGUCUGUGGGGGACGGGCAAUGGGACUACCUCCUAUAGCCAGAACAUCGCUGCACUUGGCAUCACCAAGGUUGGCAGCAGACUGGUGCUCCAGACGACUGGAAUUCUUAUGAUUGUCCUGGGAAUCUUUGGGAAGUUUGGAGCCGUCUUUAUUACCAUCCCGGAUCCGGUUAUCGGGGGCAUGUUUCUGAUUAUGUUUGGAAUGAUCGCCGCCGUUGGGAUUUCGAACCUGCAGUAUGUGGAUCUUAACUCAUCUCGUAACCUGAUCAUCCUUGGCUUCUCCACGUUCAGCGGUCUUGUGUUGCCCACAUGGUUUCACUCCAACCCGGGAAUCAUCGACACAGGAAUCAAAGAGCUAGACCAGAUCAUCGUGGUGCUCUUCACGACACACAUGUUCAUCGGAGGCUUCUUUGGUUUCAUUCUGGACAACACCAUUCCAGGGAGCGCCGAGGAGCGAGGUCUCCGCAAGUGGCAGCACGCGGAAACCAAUGAAAGUCAAGCCACGUGCGACCAGUCAUGCUACGACAUUCCCUUCUGCAACGUCAUUUGGCAACGCUUCCGCUUCUUCCGUUACGUGCCCUUCCUACCGUCAUACAAGAGAGGUCAACGGGGAACGCCGGACGCCUUGCCGUGACGGUCUCCUUUUUCCUCGGCGCAUUUUACACUCAACACGAGCACAAACAGUGCAACAAAAUGGACGUUAUUACGUUUCAGUGAUAGCAGACAGAGAUAGUAAGCGGCGUAUUUCCGAAAAUAGUGGCAAAGGUUUGCGUUUUGUUUUUAACUCAACUGCAAGGGGAGGGAAGUAUGUCCAGUGCAUCACUUUGAUGCCAGGUUUGUGGCAUCAGUCAAAAAAACUCAAGGUGGUAAAAAAUACUCUGGGCUGCAAUUACUGCCAGAGGUGAACUAACAAAGUAUUGUGCAAAGGCUGUGAAUACUUACUGUAUGUAUACAUGUGAUUUCAGUUUAGUUUUUUUUUUCCUUACUUUUUCUUUAUGGGGUGCUGUGUGUAGAAUUUUGAGCUGUAAAUGAUUUCCACAUUCACCGUAUGAGGAGAAGGCCACUAUUUGAGGAAAUACGGUAAAUCGAAGACCGUUUUCAAUAAUGUUUCUAUUUUUUACAGAAAAACAUAUAGAUAAUAUAACGGUUGUUUUAGAAGUGAUUGCUUUAUACUAACAAAAUAUCAGCCAGUCCACAUGAUGGAUUUGGUAGCGAAAUAAAAUAAAAACAAAUCUUA